UCACGGACACUGGGGGGCGCUAGUGAGCAUAUUUCCAACCGGAACUUAUUUCCACGUGUGCCACCUCGGGCGGAAGAAGGUUUGUUUUGGUGCCGCUACUCGUUUUAUCAAACGUGCUUCACAGAUAUCCCAUCCAAGUGUGUAAUAGUUACUCUCAGAGCUCAUAAAAUGUCUUCCGUCGACAGCCAAGUCGACGAGUCUUGUCCAGGGGAAGAAGAUACAGCCACGAAAAGAAAGAUAUCUCUUGCCAGCUGUGAAGUUUGUGGAUCCAGAGAGGCAAAAUACAGGUGUCCCGCCUGCCUGAAGCAAUCCUGCAGCUUGCUGUGUGUGAAGAAACACAAAGAUGACUCGGGAUGCAGCGGCGUUAGGGAUAAAACUGCCUUUGUGACUCUGUCGCAUUUUGAUGAAAUGGCACUUCUUAGUGAUUACAGGUUUCUGGAAGACACUGGAAGAUUUGCUGAUGGAGCCAGUAGAGACAACCUCAUCCGCACUCCCAGAAACACUUUUAAAGCCAAGCGACUGGCCUCCCACGCCAGAAAGAUGAACAUCACCCUGAGAUUCCUUCCCGUCACCUUCACCAAGAGCAGAGAAAACUCCACCUUUUUCCUUACAAAAGAGAAACUCUUCCUGUGGCACCUGAAGCUCGUAUUCCCUCAGAGCAGCUCAGAGUUCAGUCAGAGGAGGGUUUCUGAGAGGCAAACCUUGAUGCAGAUCCUGACACCUUAUAUUCACCCCACAGAUUCGGACCCUGUGAUUCGUCAGAAGUUGAAGAUGUACGUGCUCUCUCCGUCUGAUCACGUCAAAGUCUUCAUGAAAGCAGAGGGGAGAAAAGCCAACUCUGUUAGGUACUACGAGUUGGACUUGGAGAAGAGCCUGAGGGAUAACCUGAGCUACAAAACACUCAUCGAAUAUCCCAUGCUUCAUGUUGUGCUUAAAGACCACUGGAAGGAAUAUCCUCUGAAAGGACAAGCUGAGCCUGUGUCGGCCUGCCCGACACGUGUCCCGCAGAGUGUUGGGACGGACCGAGAGAAGAAAGACGUGGCCCAGCGUUCCCCGUCCAAACGAAGUUCUCGCACACAAGAGGGACCCAGCGUUCACACAAGAGCUGAGGCCGAGCCCCCGCUGGAGAAACGGGCAAAGAGAGGAGCAGAGAAGGAGGAGCAAGAGGAGGGCGAGCUCAUAGACUCCAGCGAAGACGAGGACAAAGCAGGUCCCGACGAAAGCAUCCAGAGUUACGAGAGCCGUGAGAUGUCCAAAAGCCCCACCGGUGACACGGAGUGUUGAUGACGGUGUCCCUGAACGCAGCCACAGGAGCAGGGAUGGCUGUGAGGGGGGAGGCAGCCCUGCUCCUGCUGGUCAGAGGAUGCUGAGGUCAGGGGUCACUGAGGGGGACACCGUUACAGAGCCGGGACAGAUUCACACUCUGCACAGAUGGAAAUGUCCUCGCCGAUGCUGCAUUCCAUCAAAUGGAGUGACGUCACGCUGAUGUUGAAGUGAUUGUCUGACAGGACAUCCAAAAUGCCGUGUCAGCACAAAGUUGACCAUUGCAAGCCAACAUUUAACAGCACACAACGGAAAAAACUGGUGUGCCACAUGUAUUUGUGGAUUGAGCUUUAGAUUUUUAGUUUUUUAUUCAGUUGAAAGUGUUUUCUCAAAUAAAAUAAUUUUUUUUUAAAUAAUUUGUCUUAUCAUUUGUAUUAUUUUUGCAGAUCUUAUGAAGAAUGUUGGCAUUAGAUCUGUCUUUAUCAGUAAACUUUGAAGAAGGCAGUGGCACUGUGAUUAGGAUCCUUUAUCAACUGGCAAUGACUUUAUCCUAUUUACCUUUGUCUGUCCUUAAGGAUCCUCUUUAAAGAAAAAAAACUCCUUUUCCAUCUUGUGUAACUUUAAAGUGUGUACCUGGAGGCAAAAUGUCACUGAAAUGCCAAAAAAGAUUAUUCUGUGUGAGUGUGACCAUUACAACAUCUGUUUAUGGAAAUAAUCUGAUGUGAUCAAGGCAGAACUAACAAUGUGAUUUAAUAAAUAAUUUUGAAGUGA